AGAAGUAGAUGCAACAAAAUCCAUGUUGUACAAAAUAUUCAAUUAUUACUUAAAAGAAACAAGAGCCCAUAGAAAGGUAAAGAAAUUCACAAAGUCAACGUUUAGAAAGGACGAAAUCUCAACGCAUAAAAUUAAAAAGAUGCAUUUAAGGAAAAUUAUAAAGAAGCCAAUCAUAGUAAGAGAAGUAUACACCACAAAGCAUAAAAGGCUACACGCUAACAAACUUUUAAAAGAAUCAACCAUUGUACGAGAAGUAGAAACGACAACACACAAAGAGGAUGAAAACGACGAAGAAGAGGAAACAAGCUCUUUAACUACACCAGUACAAGUGAAUAUAAAACGUAUGCCACAAACCACAACCACGAUGCUGCCAUACUUCAAAAUGAUUGUUGAUCUGGAUGAAGGGUACAUGGUGGUGUUCCUCAUCGAGCUGAUGAGGAUCAUGGCGUCUAAAGACAAGGAUGAUCUAUUUGAAGUCCUCGUUCAUACCGAACAGAUCGUGCUGCAACUUCAUGAAAAUGGAAAAAUUAAUUGGUUCGGUCAGCCUCUCUUAGGCAUCACAAUGAAACUGGCAAAAUUCAUGACUGAAUCUGAAACGGGAGUGAUACAAAAAUACGCUUCGAAAUUGAAUAGAAAGAUAAGUGCACGUCACCAAGAGCUAUCUUCUGAAGUCAACACCAUCAUAGACUAUGCUGAUAUGUUGUAUGAUGAUGAAGAAGGGACGAAGCUCUUCAAUGUGCUCAAAGAUUUUGAUGACUAUCCUAACAUUUUAAAACCAGGGUACUCAAUAUGUUUAGCAUUAAUAGAAAGCUUCCUAAAGCCAUAUCGUCGGCUCAGUAAUACAAAGCUGCGCCAACGAUUGUUAGACUCUAUUAACUUAGAGCUAAGAGCUCGAAGUGCUUUGAUUGGAUUUUUUGGUAUAAAAGAAGCAAGAAAACUAAGGCCGCUAGUAGCAUCAGGCAACGACACUACAGUCCAAUUCUCAAGGAAAAAACAAAAGAAAUUUAGACACAAACUACAAAAGCUGAAGUCGAAACCAAAACAUCAGACAAAUAAACGAAAACACACAAAGUUCCGGCCAGAUUACAGCAAUGGAAACAUUUUUAGACGUAGAUUAAGUUAUACACCUGAAAACCAAUACAAGUAUCCUUUGUUAAGAAAUAUGAAGCCGAUCACAAGUAUACAGAGACGGUACAAAAUUGUUACUCCGACACAUCGACACAUGUUAAGGCACAGGUCUACACGUAGUUAUAUAGUAAACCUAAUCAGUAGACCCACCAAGGAGUUCACAACUAAACUAAAUAUAGAGGUAGCUACGAAUCAAGCGAAUACUAGAUUCCCUUUCCUCCAUGAGACAGUACGAUUUCGAACACAUUUGAGGCACAGAGAACAAUCAGAGAAAUAA